AUGAGGGCAGAGGCGUAUGAGGAGAAUUGUCCACCGACUCGAUUCCCGAGGUGUGUUAGACGAACAGGUCUUAUUAUCGUCAAUAAAAGAAGUUCUAGAGCCCUGACAGCCCUUGACCCAGGCCGCGUCAGAAGCCCUUGUCUCAUACUCUUGCUCCAAGAACCAUAUAACAACAAAAAUGGUAUAGAGGGCCUUGGAAUGGGUACAAGGAUCGUUAAACACGGGAAUACACCACCAUUGGCGGUUAUAGCUGUUAUAAACCCAGAAAUCACGGUGACAAAGCUCGGACACUUGUGUAACACACACUUUGUGAUCGCGGAGCUCAUACAAAGCAACAAAAGCACUUAUGUGGCAAGUGGAUAUUUCCAACUCUGCCACGACAUCGAUGAACACAUAGAUCACGUGCAAAAAGUGAUGGAACAGCUCAGAGGUAAAGAACUACUAAUUGCCAUAGAUGCUAAUGCACGCUCCACCCUAUGGGGAGCACAGAAAACAAACACCAAAGGUGAAAAACUUGAAGCAUUGUUCGCCCAGUGGGGAUUACAGGUCGUAAAUGAAGGGGACAUGGCUACCAUCUCGUCGGAAAUCGGAGAAGGUCACCCAGAUGUGACGCUGGCAACACCUAAAAUGUAUGAAAACAUCUCCGGAUGGAAAGUACGCGAUGGCUGGACAUCCAGUGAUCACAGAGCAAUCACGUUCACAAUCAAAACCAGUAAAAACGUGAAAAUAGUCAAUACCCAAAGCAGCGACAGCUGCAAGGGGUAUGUGACGAGUAAAGCCGAGUGGAAUUUCGUUACGGAGCGAUUAAUGCAAGAGUGGCAUAGCAAACCGUAUAACGAUCUAACUAACCGAACCCAGGUCAUUGACCAGGUAAAACACGUCAGUAAAGCACUACGGAAAGCCUGCAACACAUCCAUACCUAUUCGGAAUAGUCGAGCCAGGAAGGUUCCAUGGUGGAAUCCUGAGCUCACACGACUGAAAAAAGUGGCAUACAGGGCUAGAAGGAAACUUCAAAGGAAUAAAGAUCCUACAAAGAGAGCACAAAAACUCGAAGAAUAUAGAAGGGAGAAAUGGAUCUACCAUCAAUGCGGUAUUAUGAAAACAACCUUGCCAGGUUAUGGUUUCCGGAAACCUCGCAUGGCCUAUUAA